UCUCACCCCCUCUCACAUUAUUUGGAGACUCGUUGAACGCCUCCAGAACAAAGGUGGUCUGAAGCAUUCUUACAAAGCGAUGAACAUCUUUCCACUCUUCUUGGGAAACAUUGUGAUCCUGUCAUGACGCCAGGCGAUGCUGCAGACCUUUUUGAGUUUUUCCCACCGAGAUAAGAUAGCACAAACACACUUUUCAAGCUAAAUAUUUUACAAAAUGAAGAUUUUAGGUCACAAACAGUCUCAAAUGAAGACAACAAGUGUUAUUUUCUGAUUCUCAAACGUUAGAGGAACAUGUUGACAGAACUAGGCCUACACUAGUGUGAACUUGAGGAGAACUGAAUUCAUACUAAUGACAGCAGGGUGCUUUUCACAUACCCAAGAAGGACAGGAGGUAACAGUUCAUUGUGACCCCAAACAGCCCGGCGUCAUUACCUUCUGGUUUCAAAUAAACACAACUGGUGCAAGUUGUUUGCUCACUGUUAAAGGCACAGAGGAAAAGUUUAAUGCUGAUAAGGAAAAAUACGAAAUGAAAAAAAAUUCUCCAAGUGGUAAACUUGGUUUGGCUAUUAAGUCUUUCAAGAAAAAGUCUGACAGUGGUUUGUACACCUGCGCAGCCAUGAACAAAAAUAAACUCUUCUUUGGAGAGCCAAUUGAAAUUAAAGGAGAACCAGAUCCAACAACACCACCUCCAAAAAUUAAUCCAACACCACCGAAAUCUACAACAAGGAUUAUGACACAGUGUAAAUGUCCACCACAAGGCUCGAAGCCCAGCAUCAACUGUGAGACUUGGAUAUUGUCAUCUUUGGCCUCUGGUUGUGGUCUUCUCCUCAUUCUGCUGAUCGUCACAAUUUUGUACUGCAACCGUUUAAGAACAAGACGAUGUCCCCACCAUUACAAAAGACAACCCAGGCCUGCUGGUCAUGCAAAACUGCCCAACAACCACUUCUAGCUCCAGUAAAGACACAGGAAAUCCAGUACUGGUUAAAGAUAUCUUUGACUUAAUUUCUUCUCAAUAAGCAAAGUUAAACGCAGUUUCUUCCAUCAUGAUUAUUCAGACUGUACAACCUUAAAUCUUAAUCUUUCACAAUGAAAAUGUUCAAAACAUCACUAUUUCUUUUCCAGUAAGUUUAGAUUUUUUUUAUAGUCAUUAUAUCUUUGUAUCGGUUACAGUUACAUUUAAUACACUGACAAUAAUCAGAUUGUUUUUCUUUAUGUGGUUUUUGAUCUUAAUCUGUUACUAGUGAAAUGUUUUAUGUUUUGCUUCAAUGUAGACUUAUUAAAUGGGGCUUAUUUAAAGUAUGUAUAAAAUGAUUACAAAAGCAUUUUAGGCUUAAAAAUCAUCUUCAGUGUCAUGCUGCAUUGCAAUCUGUUUAAAAGAGAAAUCUGCCAUCUGCUGGCUGUAAGUGAAAUGAAGACCCUCAGACCCCUCAUGCUGAGAUGAUAGCUUCACAGAAUGAAUCGCAUUCCUGCUGAUGUCUAUUUCUACAUUCAAUUCAGUUGCAAAUAAACAAAAAUAAAGUAAUCUUACUAUACAUCCAUUUCAGUGAUGUGAAGAAUUUCAAAUUAAGCUCUUGAAUAUUUACUAUUAACAUUUUUAUUAUACUGUAGAUAACCCAAAGUUGCUUUGUGGCAGAGCAGAGCACCACCAUGUGGACAAAAUAUGGAAUUGUGUAUGUUGUACAAUGCAGACUGUCUGUCAGAUUAAUAAAUAUGACCAUAUUCAGCCAUGUGCUUGUGUUUCAGCCGAUGUAGUUUGAGUUUGUUUUUCUCUUUGCUGCCGUUCAGGAGCUAAAGUUAAUAUCUGAAAAAUGUAUUUUAGUGAUACUUUUACAUCUCUGUGUCCUGAAAAAUGAAUGUUCAGCAUCCACAUAAUGCCCAUCUUUGGUUUGCUUUAGGAAUCAGUUCGACAAAAACUGGACCUGAUGCCUGUAAAAACAGA